GGUCGGGCUCGGAGGAUGCAUCGAUGGGGGAAUUAAGGCCCCGGACCGGCCGGGGCAGAAGAGCAAUCAAUCAAUCGAUAAAGACGAAAGAAGGGGGAGCAGAAGAAGGCGGCUGCUUUGCAAACGACCCUUCUUGGAGGGGCCUGCGCCUUGUGCUGCUCUGCAACCGGUUGCAUCCUCGACAGGCCCCCUCUUCUCUCCAGAUUAUGAUCCCCGAAACCCCCCGUCCAUGCCCCCGUUGCAGCCCGGCCGCACCUUAAUUUAUUAAGGGAGGAAGAGGGGCCAGGACAGCCAGGGCGACCCUGACAGCUGGAAUCCAUCUCUGCUUUUGUUUGGCCUUCCCCCUGCUGCACCUCUGCCUUGGCUGUUGAGGCCAGCUCCAGCCCCUCGUCCCCUGCAAAUUUCCCCCCUUCCCGGAAUUGGGAUGCCGUCAAAGUGAACGGGGACCAGGCUCGACAUUCCCCCCAUCCUUGGAUCUCCAAAAUCCCGCGGUCGAUGAGGAUUUUAUUGGCACAGUAUCGUUUAGAGGACCCCCCACCGCACCUCUUUGAUGAUUUUUUCCCCCCCUUCUGGGGCAGAGAAGAAGGGGUCUUGCCUCUCUAUUUAGUCCUUUUUCGGAAAUAAGCGGACGGACCGCCCUCCGGAUUUGCAGGACUGGACGAAAAAUGUCUGCAAAAGAUAACCCUUGCAGGAAAUUUCAGGCGAAUAUUUUCAAUAAGAGCAAAUGUCAGAAUUGCUUCAAACCCCGCGAGUCCCAUUUGCUCAAUGAUGAAGAUUUAAACCAGGAACCUUCAGUAGCUAUCCACUUCUCCCUGCAUCAGGCAAAACCCAUCUACGGUGGAUGGCUGCUCCUGGCUCCUGAAGGGACUGACUUUGACAACCCUGUGCACCGCUCUCGGAAAUGGCAGAGAAGAUUCUUCAUCCUCUACGAGCAUGGGCUCCUGCGCUACGCCCUGGACGAGAUGCCCACGACCCUCCCGCAGGGCACCAUCAACAUGAACCAGUGCACGGAUGUGGUGGAUGGAGAGGGCCGGACGGGUCAGAAGUUCUCCUUGUGCAUCCUCACGCCUGAAAAAGAGCAUUUCAUCCGAGCGGAGAACAAGGAGAUCAUCAGCGGGUGGCUGGAGAUGCUCAUCGUCUACCCCAGGACCAACAAGCAGAAUCAGAAAAAGAAGCGGAAGGUGGAGCCUCCGACACCGCAGGAGCCCGGGCCCGCCAAGAUGGCCGUCACCAGCAGCAACAUUCCCAGUGCUGAGAAAGUUCCUACCACCAAGUCCACGCUCUGGCAGGAGGAAAUGAGAGCCAAGGACCAGCCAGACGGGAGUACCGUCAGUCCAAUCCAGAGCCCUGGGCAGAGCCAGGCCCCUCUGCUCAGCACCCUGAGAGAACCCGGGCUGGAAGGCAGAGAAGAGGAAAGCACUAUGAACGGUGAGCGGAUAGACUGUGGACGGAAGGCCCGCGUAGAGAGCGGCUACUUCUCCCUGGAGAAGACCAAACAGGACUCGAAGGCGGAAGAGCAGCAGCUGCCGCCCCCGUCCCCUCCCAGCCCCAGCGCCCCCAACAACAGGUACAGUUACCCUGAGCGACCCUCCCAGGAGUACGGCCGCCCCUUUCCUUCCCCAGGUCCCCAGCCCACCGCCCGGAUGGUCUGCAGCAUCUCCCUCAACUCCCUGGACUCGGAGAGCCGGCACCGUACCCCCAUGGACGCCAGCAGCGCUGGGGGGAGGGGAGCGGAGAGAUCGGGGCGCUCCUUUGCCUUUAAAGCCAACAGGCAGUACGCCACCAUAGCUGACGUCCCUAAGGCCAUCAGGAUCAGUAACCGCGAGGCCUUCCAGGUGGAGAGGAAGAGGCUGGAGCGCAGGACACGGGCCCGCAGCCCUGGCAGGGAGGAGGUGGCCCGCCUCUUUGGCAACGAGAGGAGGAGGUCUCAGGUCAUAGAAAAAUUUGAGGCCUUGGACAUUGAGAAAGCAGAGCACAUGGAGACAAAUUCCUCAGCCGGCCCGGCCCAGUCUGGCGAGACCCGCCAGGGCCGAAGCGAGAAGAGGGUGUUCCCCAGGAAGCGGGACUUCACCACAGAAGCCACGGCCUCCGCCCCCGGAUCCGCCCCGGAGGUUUCGGCUUCCCCGCUGUCUCCACACCGCAGAGCCAAAUCACUGGAUCGGAGGUCCACUGAGUCCUCUAUGACGCCUGACCUGCUGAACUUCAAGAAAGGCUGGUUGACGAAGCAGUACGAGGAUGGGCAGUGGAAGAAACACUGGUUUGUUCUGGCGGAUCAGAGCCUGAGAUACUACAGGGAUUCGGUGGCCGAGGAGGCAGCGGAUUUGGAUGGUGAAAUUGACUUAUCUACGUGCUAUGACGUCACUGAAUAUCCAGUCCAGAGAAACUAUGGCUUUCAGAUUCACACUAAAGAAGGAGAGUUCACCCUCUCCGCCAUGACGUCUGGAAUUCGGCGGAAUUGGAUCCAAACCAUCAUGAAGCACGUGCACCCGACCACUGCUCCAGAUGUGACCAGGAAAAACCUCUCUCUGAAACUUUCAGUGCUGAAGCCCAGCUCCUUGCCAGAAGAGAAGAAUAAGAGCAGCUCCUCCUCCUCCUCCUCCCCCCCGGCCUUCGAGGCCUGCCCAAAGCCGAGCGAGAAGCCGGACCAGGACCAAGGGGAUCUGGACCCCGAACAGAAACGGAGCCGGGCCCGGGAACGCAGGCGGGAAGGGCGUUCCAAAACCUUCGACUGGGCCGAGUUCCGCCCCAUCCAGCAAGCCCUGGCUCAGGAGAGGGCCAGUGCCGAGGAAGCCCCCAGCGUGCGCGAGCCCGGGGGCUUUGACACGGACCCGGGGGAGCUAGAGAGAGAGCGGGCCCGGCGGAGGGAAGAGCGGCGCAAACGCUUCGAGGUGAUUGAUGCUGUCGAUGGCCCGAGCGGGGAGGACUCUGGGUCGCGCAUGGAGGUGGACAGGAGCCCAGCGUUACCCGUCGCGCCGGAGACCAAGCCCCAGAACGUCCACGUGGAGAUCGAACAGCGGUGGCAUCAGGUGGAAACCACCCCUCUGCGUGAAGAGAAGCAAGUCCCCAUCGCCCCGCUGCACCUCUCCUCGGAGGACGGACCCGACAGGCUCCCCGCGCAGGAGAUAACCUCUUUGCUGGAGAAGGAGCUGGAGCAGAGUCAGAAGGAGGCCUCGGAUCUCCUGGAGCAGAACCGAGUCCUGCAGGAUCAGCUGAAAGUGGCUCUGGGCCGGGAGCAGAGCGCUAGGGAGGGCUACGUGUUGCAGACGGAGGUGACCACAUCACCGUCCUGUGCCUGGCUGAGGCUCCAUAAAGUCAACCAAGACCUCCAAAGCGAGCUAGAAGCCCAAUGCCAGCGCCAAGAGCUGAUUAAUCAACAAAUUCAGUCCCUGAAGCGCAGCUACGGGGAGGCCAAGGAUGUGAUCCGGCACCACGAGGCCGAGAUCCAGAGCCUGCAGGCGAGGCUGAGCAACGCCGCCGCCGAGCUGGCCAUCAAAGAGCAAACUCUGGCCAAGCUGAGGAGCGACCUGAAGAUGGAGAAGGCCAAGGUCAGAGAGCAGCUGGAGGAGUGGCAGCACAGUGAGAGCACCCUGAGCUCCCAGCUGAGAGCCAGUGAACAGAAACUGAAGAGCGCAGAGGCCCUGCUUUUGGAAAAGACCCAGGAGCUGCGGGAUCUGGAAGUGCAGCAGGCGCUGCAGCGGGACCAUCAGAAGGAAGCGCAGCGACUCCAGGAGAGGAUCGCCGACCUCAGCCGGCAGCUCGGGGCCAGCGAACGAGCCCAGGCUCUCAUGGAGGAGAAGCUGCAGAAGAACUAUGAGCUCUUGCUGGACAGCUGCGAGAAGGAAAAGCAAGCCCUGAUCCAGAACCUGAGAGAAGCGGAGGAGAAGGCAAGCGACUAUGAAGACCAGCUGCAGGAUCACGAGCAGCAGAUGGAAGUCCUCCAGAAAGAGAAGCUGAGCGCCACGUUCGAGGGCAGCGAAAUGGUGCAUCAGCUGGAGGAGGAGCUCCGGGUGAAGGAGGCCAGCGUCCAGAAGCUCGCCGAACACAUCCAGAGCCUCCAGGGCGAGCGGGACCAGAUCAGAAAGAGGUUCCAGGAGCUGCUGGAUCGGGUCGCCCGCUCUGACGGGGAAGUCGCCGAGCUUCGGGAGAAGCUGGAGGCCCGGGAGGCCGACUAUCUCCACCUGGAAGGCACGCACAAGCGCGUCUCGGAUCGGUUCCGCGACGUGCACGCCGCCCUGAGAGGGAAAGAAGAGGAGCUGCAGCGCAUCAAGGCGCUGCACGAGAAAAUCGUGGCGAAGAAAGACCGGGACCUCAACGAGGCCAUGGUGAAGAUGGUUGCUUUGGGCAGCAGUUUGGAGGAAACGGAAAUAAGGCUCCAGGCCAAGGAGGGGAUCUUAAGGAAGGGAGCAAACGCUCACCCCAGAGGCCCGGGCGACGAGUGUCCCAAGCCGGACGCUGACGAAGAGGGCGUUGCCCAACUGGAGCAGCAAGAACAAGCUCAAGGUGGGCUGCCGGCGACACGCUCCCCUCCCCGGGAUAAUGAAAGCCCUGAGGCCGGCCAGGGGGAGGUGAGCGAGACCCCGGGGCUGGAGGCUGGCCAUGUCAUCACCCUCUCUGAGGCAGCGGAGCCUCAGGACAGAGAGGGCCUUCAGAAAGCCGCACCGAAGUGUGAAGGGGACACCCCCGGCACUAAACGGCAGCGGAUCCGUUUCUCGAGUAUACAGUGCCAAAAGCACAUCCACCCAGAUGGCUCCGAGAAGAACUGGGCCAGCAGCACGUCUUCGGACACCAGUCAGGACCGGUCGCUCUCGGAAGAAAGCAUGUCAUCGGAACCCGCCCUCACGGGGCUCUCUGCCGGAGCCGGGGUCCCUGAGGCUUAUCUGUCCAUCAUCCACUCUCUGGAGACCAAACUGUUCGUCACAGAGGAAAAACUCAAAGACGUGACCAUGAAAUUGGAGAACCAACAAGGCCAGAAUCAGGAGGCCUUGAUAGCCCUUCACCAGCAGUGGGCCGGCACAGAAUCCCAGCUCCGGGACCAGCUCCAAACCAGUCUGUCCCAGGUCGCCGCCUUGGCCUCGCAGCUGGAAGACGAAAGAAAGGAGAGGCAGACGGUGAUGGAAAAGCACGUUGGUGAGCUGGGAGGCUUCCGGGUCAGAAACAGUCAAGCCCUCUCGUGCUUAGAAGCAUGCAGGGAACAACUGAGGUCUUUGCUAAAGGCCGACCGGGAGAAAGAGGGAGACUUGGGAUUGGCCACCCUCUCCAGCUUGGAAAUCAUCUUAUCCGACGCCGUCUGUGUUUUGCGUCAGGUGCCCGGCUGGCCCGGAGAGGCCCCGGAAGAGAGUUUGCCUGUGGGAGAGAAAGUGACCCCCCAGUUCCCCGGAUUGAGCUACCAGGACCAGCUGAAGUUACUUGCUGAAAAAACCUCCUUCGAAGCUUCCUUGAUCAAUCAGAUAGCCGAGUCUUUAACAGAUACAAGUUCUGCCCUCUCCCAGACACUCCGAGAGAUUCAUCUGUCCGCAGAGGUGUCCCUGGAGCCUACAGGUGUUUUUCAAACGGCUGGGACCUCAGCAGAGGCCUUAUGUAAAAAACUGCUCUUGGAAAGCCAGUUUUGGAGCCAGGUGGAGGAACUCAGGAAGCAGUUGGGAAGCCUUGGGAGAGGAGGAGGAGGAGGAGGAAACCAAGCAGACGCUGGCCCUCCCUGCUUCCCGCGGGACCUCGUCUCUGCGUUGGCAGAUGCGAGCCUGGUCAAGGCAGAACUCGGUUUUGCUGUCCAGAAGCUGAGGGAGUCCCUUCACGACCGGUUACAAACCGUUGAAGACAACCUGCGUGGCACCAAGACGGCCCUCGAGCGGUAUAAGGGCAUGUUGGGGGAAAUCAUAAGGGCCCACGGAACUCCCAGCUUGGAAAGCGUGGUGCGGCAGAUUUCAGAAACCCUGGAAUCCCAGGCAGGGAUUGAGAGGGGCGGACUGACGGAGGAGGACGGGAAGCGGUUUGAGCCGGAACCGGCUCCCGGCGAGGGCCUGGACCUUCCCAGGGCCCCAGACCAGGGGGAAGGGGAGGAAGCUCUGGUUUCUAUGCAGGAACAGCUUGCCCAACAGCUGAAGGACAAGGCACGUGUUCUGGAGGAAAUAGCCGCCUCGCUAGCCUCGCUGCCUCCGGGGCAGUCCGCGAGCGACCAACAUGGGGUGCCCGAGGCCUCUCGGGGUGUCUCCGACCUCACCAGCCUGGGCGGGCUCAGCCGCUACUCAUCGUUACUGGUUCGAGAUGCCGUCACCCAGGCUCAGGUUUGUUACGCGGGCUGCAGAAUCAGGCUGCAGUAUGAGAAGGAACUCAAGUUCUACAAAGCCUCCUGGGAGAAGGCGGGCGCCUCGUGCCAGGAGCGGGCGGUGGCUGCCCUCCAGCUGGAGUACGAGGAGCUCCUGCGGAAGCAGAAGAGCGAGUACCUGCAGGUGAUCGCCAUCGUGGAGCGGGAGAACGCCGAUCUGAAGGCCAAAGUGGCUCAGCUGGCCCGUCAGCAGAGGCGCUUGGAAGAAGCGGAGAGCAAACACAACGAGAGCAUUUUCGCCUUGCGGGACCGCUACGAGGAAGAGAUGAGAAGCGUGGUCGAGCAGCUGAGCCGCACGGAAAACACCCUCCGGGCGGAGAGGACCAGGGUCCUCAGCCAGCUGGAUGCCUCCGUGAAAGACAAGCAAGACAUGGAAAGGUACCAUGGAGAGCAGAUGCAGACCCUAGAGGACAAGUUUCAGCUCAAAAUUAGGGAACUGCAGCUAAUCCACGAAGAAGAGCUGCGCACUGUACAAGAACAUUACACGCAGAACUUGCGCUGCUUGCGAGAGACGCUGAAUUAUUACCAGAGGCAGCACCCGGGGGGGCUCCCGGCCCUGGAGCAGCGCUCCUGGCCGUCGGCUCGGCCGGAUGGCGCCGGCCGGGUGACCGAGGCGGAGGCCGAUUCCACGACGGGGCUGAGGGAGCGCAUCCAGGAGCUGGAGGCUCAGAUGAAUGUCAUGAGAGAGGAACUGGAGCACAAAGACCUGGAGGGAAACGCCUCAACCCUGAGGGAAAAAUACCAAAAGGACUUUGAGAACCUGAAGGCAACAUGUGAACGAGGGUUUGCCGCCAUGGAAGAGACUCACCAGAAGAAGAUUGAAGAUCUGCAGAGGCAGCACCAGCGGGAACUGGAGAAGUUGAGAGAGGAGAAAGAUCGCCUUCUGGCAGAAGAGACGGCGGCGACCAUCUCAGCUAUCGAAGCCAUGAAGAAUGCCCACCGCGAAGAGAUGGAGCGGGAGCUGGAGAAAACCCAACGUUCGCAGAUCAGCAGUGUGAAUUCAGAUAUCGAGGCACUUAGGAGACAGUACCUGGAAGAGUUGCAGUCCGUCCAGCGGGAACUGGAGGUGCUGUCGGAACAGUACUCUCAGAAGUGCUUGGAGAACGCUCACUUGGCUCAAGCCCUGGAGGCAGAGAGGCAGGCCCUUCGCCAGUGUCAGCGAGAGAACCAGGAGCUCAACGCGCACAAUCAGGAGUUAAAUAACCGCCUGGCUGCGGAGAUCACACGGUUACGAACGCUACUGAUGGGGGAGGGCGGAGGAGAGGCUGCUGGGUCACCUCUCACGCAGGGCAAGGACGCCUACGAGUUAGAGGUCCUAUUGCGGGUCAAGGAAUCGGAAAUCCAAUACCUGAAGCAAGAAAUCAGCUCUCUGAAGGAUGAGCUGCAGACAGCACUGAGGGAUAAGAAGUAUGCCAGCGAUAAGUACAAAGACAUCUACACAGAGCUGAGCAUUGUGAAAGCGAAAGCAGACUGUGACAUCAGCAGGUUGAAAGAGCAGCUAAAGGCGGCCACAGAAGCACUGGGUGAAAAAUCCCCCGAGAACACCACAGUAUCAGGAUACGAUAUCAUGAAAUCUAAAAGCAACCCUGACUUCUUGAAGAAGGACAGAUCCAGUGUUAGCCGACAGCUAAGAAAUAUCAGGUCAAAGUCCGUUAUUGAGCAGGUCUCAUGGGAUAACUGAACGAACCAGAUUCCAGGUUCCCUGUCAUAGUCUGAAGGAAGGCCUGACAGUGCAAGAACGCCUGAAGCUCUUCGAAUCCAGGGACUUGAAGAAAAAUUAGUGGUAUCCCAUCCAACUUGAACACGCACCCCCUCCCUGCUUGCGGCAGCACAACACGAGCGCUGUUUUUCGUCCGUACCGUAUUUUUUAUUAUUAUUAUUAUUAUUAUUAUUGUUAUUAGUAUUGUCAUCAUUAACUGUUGUUUGCGUGGAUGCUUGGGAUAAGAGCCUGAUUUUUUUGGAUUGCAGCUCUCACCGUCCCCUUCCAGGUUGAACCCUUCUACCCCCACCCCUCCAGCCUCGUUUCUUCCACUGAAUCCCAAAAUGACUAGAUGAAUUUGGAGAGGGGAGGAAAUUCCCCUUCCUCCUCUCGACCGUUUAUAUUAGAAUACCUUAUUUACUGUAAUUCAUUACACUAAGUGUCAGUAUUAAGGCUCAGUAGCCUCUUGAUAAGCUAGCUCUGAUUUACCAGUAUAGUGGUAUGGAAACGGAGCCCGGUCCGGCGUAUCUAGCUCUGUCGACGGUGAUUUGGUGCUCGGGUGUUAACUUGGAGCCGAGGCACCGUGAGAUACUUAACUUGAUGUUUCUCCAAGGAAAAGUCACAAGGACAAGUCUCUUUCUGCCUGGAUUUUAGCACUGACAACUCACUAGCCUUCUGGAGGGAAGUUAGAGAAAGGCGGUGGUGCGGUUGUGAUUCCACUGCCCUUUGGCUCAACUCUGUGGUGAUAAGGGAUUUGUAGUUGGGGGGACUGACCGCGUUAGGGAUUCAGUCCACUAAUGCAGUUUAGAACCACACAUCCCUGU